GUUGCCCAGACUGGAGUGCAGUGGCAUGAUCUUGGCUCACUGCAACCUCCACCUCCUGGGUUCAAGUGAUUCUUCUGCCUCAGCCUCCCAAGUAGCUGGGAUUACAGGUGCCUGCCACCAUGUCCAGCUAAUUUUUUAUUUUUAGUAGAGAUGGGAUUUCACCAUAUUGGACAGGCUGGUCUUGAACUCCUGACCUUGUGAUCUGCCCGCCUCGGCCUCCCAAAGUGCUGGGAUUACAGGUGUGAGCCACCGCACUGGGCCCAAAUUUCUGUUGUUUUAAAGGGAAAGUGUUUUGAAAGAAAACAAAUUGAUAGAUUGUGCUUGUUAGAAAUAAAUUUUUCUACCAAGCUGGCUCAUCUGUCAGAAAAAAUUCAUUUUUAAGUUAGGUGUUGCUUAUACUUUGGAAAAAAUUUUAAAUGCACAAAUAUUUCAGUCUAGUGAUAUGGGGCAAGACAUUUAUUUUCUCCUUGCAAAUUUUUUCUGACCAUGAUACCGUUGAUGGUUUUUGUAGCAUCUUUCUGAAAUAUGACGAUUAUGGAAUACUUUGAGAUCCAGGAUGGUUUAAUGCUAAGAAAUUGCUGGCAUUCACAUUUCUUUUUUUUUUUUUUUUUUUUGAGACGGAGUCUCGCUCUGUCACCCAGGCUGGAGUGCAGUGGCGCAAUCUCGGCUCACUGCAAGCUCUGCCUCCCGGGUUCACGCCAUUCUCCUGCCUCAGCCUCUCCGAGUAGCUGGGACUACAGGCGCCCGCCACCACGCCCGUCUAAUUUUUUGUAUUUUUAGUAGAGACGGGGUUUCACCGUGGUCUCGAUCUCCUGACCUCGUGAUCUGCCCGCCUCAGCCUCCCAAAGUGCUGGGAUUACAAGCGUGAGCCACUGCGCCCGGCCGGCAUUCACAUUUCUGAAGUCGUGAAUAAAAUUAAGAAAUUCAAGCACAUUAUGUGUUCACUAGAUCUUACUUGAUUUCCAAAAUAUUUCUUUCUGAAAUUUUAGAUAAUUGGUAAUUUUUCCUUCCUUCUGCUAAUCUUUGCAUCUUUGAAAUUAGAUUAGGAGGCAGUUUUGUCAGCUAGGCCUUAGUUUCUGGGGCAGUGAUAUCCAAACUUUUGCUUGCCACCCUCAAAGUAAAUUAAUGCCACUUGGGAUUAAUUUGUGAUUUUUCUGGGGAGAGGGUCUACAACUUUUAUUUAUUUUACCAGUAGUCUUGGUAAAUACAAGAAUGAUAUGAAUAAAUAUGUUGGGUAAUCUUAAACUUGUGUUAUGUGAUUUGUAAUUAGCUUGUGUUUCUGGAUGAUCUUUACAUUCAGUAAAUCUCCAGAGGGCCCAGAUAGAAUGGAGUAUUUUGUCUUUUCCUUUGGGAACUUUUUUUUGGUUCUUUCUUUCAUUAAACAAUUAUGAAAUAAAAUUUUUGGUAACAGAUUUUCCAUGUAAAAAUAGCCCACAAAUCAAAGAACUAUCCAAGAUUUGCUAAGUAAGAACACAUCAUGGAAUACCAUCAUAGAACUAGUCUCUUACCCCAAAACUAGCUGUAGGUGCUAAGUCUAAAGAAGAAGUAAUUCUGAUAUGUUACCAGAAUUAUGUGGUAAUGUGACUGUUAAAAUUGUUGUCUUCUUUAAUUUUUGGCUGUAUUAUUUUAAAAGUUUUUCUCCAUAGAAAAAAAAAUUUUUUUUUUUUUUGAGAUACUGUCUCGCUCUGUCGCCCAGGCUGGAGUGCAGUGGCAUGAUCUUGGCUCACUGUAACUUCCGCCUCUCGGGUUCAAGUGAUUAUCCUGCCUCAGCCUCCUGAGUAGCUGGGAUUACAGGCACCCGCCACCACACUGGGCUAAUUUUUGUAUUUUUAGUAGAGACAGGGUUUCACCAUGUUGGUCAGGCUGGUCUCGAACUCAUGACCUCGUGAUCUGCCCGCCUCAGCCUCCCAAAGUGCUGGGAUUACAGGUGUGAGCCACCGCGACCGGCCGAAAUACAUUUGUAGUGAAAAAUUUAGAAGAAAAAUACCCCCCAUUAGUGGUUAUCUUUGGUCUAUAAGCUUAUAGGUGAUUUUCAUUUUCUUUCUUGUACCUUCCAUUGUUUUUCAAGUUAUCCUUAAUGAAAAUGCAUUAGCUUUUACGAGCAGAAAAAAUAAACAUAAAUACAGAUAACACAAUUAUGGCCCUAAUGACUUCACUGUCAGAUUUUGGAUAGGCAAGUUACUUAUCUUUACUGGGCUUUUUCCCCAUUUGAAAAAUGGGGACAGAAAUAAUAUUUCAAUUUUCUUCUAAAUUAAAAUUUCUUCCAAAAUCGAUUCUGAGUCCGUGUUACAUGUUAAACAAUAAAUAUAUUUUUCUCUUAAUGGAAAAAGCUAUGUCGUAUUCAUUGUAGAAAAACAGAAGAAAAUUAAAAAUAAUUCUACAAUACAAAGAUAUUUUAAUAUGCAUAGUUUAGAUGUUUUUCUUUUUUUUUUGGAGACAGCAUCUUGCUCUGUUGCCCAGACUGGAGUGCAGUGGCACAAUCUUGGCUCACUGCAACCUCUGGCUCCCAGGUUCAAGCGAUUCUCCCACCGCAGCCUCCUGAGUAGCUGGGAUUACAGGUGCCCGCCACUCUGCCCAGCUGAUUUUUGCAUUUUUAGUUGAGACAGGAUUUCACCAUGUUAGCUAGGCUAGUUUCGAACUCCUGACCUCAGGUGAUCUGCCCACCUUGGCCUCCCAAAGUGCUGGGAUUACCAGCUUGAGCCACUGCGACCAGCUGGUUUAGAUAUUUGUCUAAGCACACAUGGAUAUACACAAUACAUAUUCACACUAUCAAUUUAUUUUUACCUUGAAACAUUCUUAAUGAGACAGUUACAGAUCCAUUUGUUUUAAUGAAACGUAAAAGAUAUUUUUAAAUUUUCUCUCCUAAUACAUAUUUGUUGAGGAAAUGCUUACCAUUUCAUACUCUUUAUGGUUUUGCUGAAGUAAGGGUAACUUGGAGUAAGGGUGUAAGGGCUUGCCCAUGAAAGCUUACUUAGUGCAGAAUGAAAGCUAAAUCCUGGGUUAACCUCGAUUUCGUUCACAUAUUAACUUGCUUUUUCUUGACUGCCAUGAUACUUCCUGAGCUAAGAUUUCUAUUUGCAGAUUGGUUUCUGAAGUGUCUCAAGAUAGCAUUGGUCUUUUAUUUUACCCUGGGACCUUCUGAGUUACUCCAGUUGUCAGCACAUGAAGUAUUAGUAGUAGCAAUAGUAUAAUACAGUAGUGUUAAAAAUACCUGGUUUUUUUUUUUUUUUUUUUUUUUUUGCAUUAUCUCUAGGGAAUUCAGAAGAUUUUAUAUACAUAAAAUAUAAAUACUCAAAAUGCUAUGUAAUCCAACUCAUACACUCGGUGAAAUAUGUGAUAUAUAUAAUUCUAAUUCUGUGUAAAGAAUAACUGCAACUUUCUCAAAGGUAUCUUUCUUAAAAAUUUUAUAUGGUGGAAUCCUAUUUAGAGCUAGUAGUGUAACCCAAUUUUCCUGCCUACUCAUUUAAUUCUGUUUUUAAUCCGUCUGGUAACUGAUUUGUUUUUGUUUUUAUUUUUUAUACAAAAUGGAAAGCAAAUCUAGAGUAAAUAGUUUCUUAGUGACUGCAUUUAGUAUCUAAAGUAAUGUCAUUUUUUCUCUUAGUAAAGCCUGUAGAGGUGACGAUGACAAAGUCCGACUUGUUUAUUCUCUUCCUUUCUACUUUGAAAGAUUAGGAUCUUUUCCAAAAGAAGAACUUUUAGAAUGUAUGCUUCACAAGAUUCUUCAAUCACUAUCUUCCAGACAUAGCGGGAGGUAGAGAAUCUGAGAAUAAAAAGUACAAACUUUUUCUUUCUUAAACUUCUGUAUCUGAAAGGUAUGAAAGCAAGAGCUAAUUCUCACUUGAGAAUCCACCACAGUGAUUGCUUUCAUUCUGAAGAAAUCCAUUUUGUAGCCAAAUGGUAUGGUAUUUUCCAUCCGAGAAUACAGAACCUGUGGAUGUGGAGGCCCAGCUGAAACGGACAUGAGCAUCUGUGGGUUUUGAUUCACCCCCAGAUACCAAAGGAUGACUAAAUCCAUCAGAUCUCUGCUCAAACAUCAUUUCUUUAGGGAAGAUUUACCUGAUGUCCCUCUUUUUUGCGUUUUUCCUUCAUCAUAGGUGGUCAUAUAUAUAAUUUUACAUUUGUUUGCAUAUUGCUUGAUAUAUGUCUGUUCCACCAGAUUGUAAGCUUCGUGAGAGUAGAUACUGUCUUGGUGUUCAUUACCAAGCACAGUGCCUGACACAUAACGAGCAGUAUUUAUUUGAAUGAUUGUAGAAACCUGGCAAAACUCAUUUGUAAUAUUUUACUUUACUUAGGCUUUUGUGGUACUAUCUAACAUUUUAUAAUUUUAGGAACUCAGGAUGGGAAGAGAUUCUAAAUCAUCUAAGACAGCUCUGCUCUCCAAAGUUAAAAGUCUUCAGUCUCUCCUUGAACACAUCCAGUGAUAGGAAACAUAACCACCUACCAAAAGUCUGGUUAGUCUUUAAGAUAUUUGGAUGGUAGGAAAGUUUUUCCAACUGAAAUUUCUCCCUGGACCUUUUUUUCUUUUCUUUUCUUUUCUUUUUUCUUUUUUUUUUUUUUUGGAGACAAGGUCUCUGUGUUGCCCAGGCUGCUGUCAGACUCCUGUGCUGAAGGGAUCCUCCUGCCUCAGCCUCCCAAGUGGUAUCCCUAAAAUUUUUACCUACUGAUUUUACUCUGUUCUCUAGGGCUUGCAAAAGCAAGUAUAGUUUUCAUUUUAUUGUCCGAGUCAUCCCUAUUUUAGUUUACAUAUCCCUAGAUCCUUCAACCUUGGGAAGGCAAUAGGGAAUGCUGGAGAGAGAGAGUUUGUGGACUGCAUUCGUUUCCUGGGGCUGCCGUAAAACCACAAACUUAGUGGUUUCAAGAAACAGAAAUGUAUUCUCUCACAGUUCUGGCGGCCAGGAGUCUGGAAUCAAAGUGUUCACAGGGCGGCGCUCCCUCAGGAGACUCUGGGGGAGAAUCUGUUCUUUGCCUCUUCCAGCCUUUGGUGGCGUUCCUUGACUUGUGGCUACGUCACUCUAGUUUCUGCCUCCAUGGUCUCAUUGUCUCCUCUCCGUGUAAUCUCUAUCUGCUUCCCUCUUAAAAGGACACUUGUCACUGAAUUUAGGACCCACCUAGAUAUUUCAGGAUGAUCUCAAGAUCCUUAGUUACAUCUCUAAGGAUGCUUUCUUCAAAUGAGGUAGUAUUCACAGGUGCCAAUGGUAAGCAUGUGAACAUAUCUUUUUGAGAGCGAGCCACUGUUCAACCCACUAUAGGAGCUCUGGGCUUAAAUUCUGUUAGUGUCACUUACUAAAUUUGCAACCUUGAGCAUGUUACUUAACCUUUCUGAGUCUGAAUCAUCUUAAUUUUAUUUAUUUUUAAAUUUAUUAGUUUUUUAGAAACAGUCUCUCUCUGUCUCCCCAACUGGAGUGCAGUGACUCAGUCAUGGCUCACUGUUGCCUUAAACUCCUGGGCUCGGGCAAUCUUCCUGUCUUAGCCUCCUGAGUAGCUGGGACUACAGGCAUGUGCCACCAUACCUACCUAAUGUUUUAAUUUUUUUUUUUUUUUUUUUUUUUUUUUUUUGAGACGGAGUCUCGCUCUUUUGCCCAGGCUGGAGUGCGGUGGUGCGAUCUCGGCUCACUGCAAGCUCCGCCUCCCGGGUUCACGCCAUUCUCCUGCCUCAGCCUCCCGAGUAGCUGGGACCUCGGGUGCUUGCCCACGCCUUGCUAAUUUUUUGGUAUUUUUAGUAGAGUUGGGGUUUCACCGUGUUAGCCAGGAUGGUCUUGAUCUUCUGACCUCGUGAUCCGCCCGCCUCAGCCUCCCGGAGUGCUGGGAUUACAGGCAUGAGCCACCAUGCCUGGCCCCAAGUUUUAAUUUUUGUUUUAGAGACAGAGUCUUCCUGUGUUGGCCAGGCUGGUCUCAAACACCUGGCUUCAAGUGAUCCUGCCACCUUGGCUUCCCACAGUGCUGGGAUUACAGGCAUGAGCCACCAUCCCUGGCUGAAUUGCCUUAAUUUUAAGACAGGGACAAUAAUGCCUUUAUUAUUGAUUUGUGAAGAUAUAAGGAAAAUUCAUAUUAAAUACUUGGCACAUGGUAGCUAACUCAUUCAAUGUUGCCUUCAACAUACACUACUACAGCACUACUGUCAGAGUACCUGAGUAUCCUGUGUGGCCUAGAACCCAGCACGAGUUGUAGGGCUGGUCUGAUAAGUACAGACUACAGUGGUUUCGAUUUUUUUUGCAUUCUGGACACGAUUUAGCCAACUGUGAGGUAGUCUAAGUUUCAAUUAGGUUUAGCUGUAGCCACAUCAUACGAUUGGCUUAUUAAACUUAGAAUUGGUUAAAACCUCCAAAUCUUUGUCAUUGGUGAUUGAACUUAUAUUGGAUAAAGUGUUUGGAUGCAAGGGCACCCUCUAACAUAUUACAUUGUGUGUUACAAGUGUUACAUUAAGUCAUACUGCGUAGUGCAUAGUAGGAGCUGAAUGAAUGCUGAAUUUAAUGUUACUGGGUGACUUAAAGGAGCAUUUAAACUUACCUACUUUGGUGCUACCAGAUUUCUUAAAUGCUCUAAUGAAUACAAAAAGGGGAAGAAGUAGCAACUACACCAAUUAUGUUGGGCAGAUGGAUGCAUCUUGAUUCUCCUUCUGUAAUCAGGAAAUCAGGUACUCCUUCAGGUAAUCAAUGGCUGAUCACCUUCAGGUUGAUGGACAGCUUGCCUUUGAUGCUUCUGUCAAGUGUGAGAUGUGUAUCCGUUGCUAAAGUAACAAAUGUACAUCUAAUGAUUUUCAUAUCUACUAGUAUUUUGGAAUUUGUAUUUGAUAUAAAAGACUAGAGAAAUAGGUGAAGUGGUAUUUUUAAAAUAUUCAAACUAACUAGGUUAGUGUGGUUUCUAAUAAGUAUUACAUGCACAUGGUUAAAAGGAAUACAGUGAAAAGUGGGUUUCCCAGUUUCCCUUUCUGGAAAGCACCACUGCUACCAGUUUCUUGCAUAUUCUUCCAGGUAGGCUAAGCAGAAAUUGUGUGUUUGUGUCCUUCCCUUUUUAAAACACAAAUGAUAGCAUAUAUGCAUAUGGUUCUCCAGAAAGUGCUUUUGUUAAUUAAUUAAUUAAUUAAUUUUUUGAGACAGGAUCUCCCUCUGUUGCUCAGGCUGGAGUGCAGUAGCACAGUCUCGGCUCACUGCAGCCUCAGCCUCCCCUGCUGAAGCAGUCCUCCCACCUUAGUUUCCCCAGCACCUGGGACUACAGUUCCUGGUCCAGAACUUUACACAGAAAAGGUGCUCAAAGGAUAUUUGUUUAAUGAAUGUGGUAUGCUGACAUUUAAACAGGACAAAACUUGUAGAACUUCAUGGAGGAACACGGAGUGACCCAAACUGAACAUAUGGCUACCAUAGAAGCACAUGCAGUGGCCCAGCAAGUGCAGCAGGUCCAUGUGGCUACUUACACCGAGCACAGUAUGCUGAGUGCUGAUGAAGACUCACCUUCUUCUCCCGAAGACACCUCUUACGAUGACUCAGAUAUACUCAACUCCACAGCAGCUGAUGAGGUGACAGCUCAUCUAGCAGCUGCAGGUCCUGUGGGAAUGGCUGCCGCUGCUGCUGUGGCAACAGGAAAGAAACGGAAACGGCCUCAUGUAUUUGAGUCUAAUCCAUCUAUCCGGAAGAGGCAACAAACACGUUUGCUUCGGAAACUUCGAGCCACAUUAGAUGAAUAUACUACUCGCGUGGGACAGCAAGCUAUUGUCCUCUGUAUCUCACCCUCCAAACCUAACCCUGUCUUUAAAGUGUUUGGUGCAGCACCUUUGGAGAAUGUGGUGCGUAAGUACAAGAGCAUGAUCCUGGAAGACCUGGAGUCUGCUUUGGCAGAACACGCCCCUGCGCCACAGGAGGUUAACUCAGAACUGCCACCUCUCACCAUCGACGGAAUUCCAGUCUCUGUGGACAAAAUGACCCAGGCCCAGCUUCGGGCAUUUAUCCCAGAGAUGCUCAAGUACUCCACAGGUCGGGGAAAACCAGGCUGGGGGAAAGAAAGCUGCAAGCCCAUCUGGUGGCCUGAAGAUAUCCCCUGGGCAAAUGUCCGGAGUGACGUCCGCACAGAAGAGCAAAAGCAGAGGGUUUCAUGGACCCAGGCACUACGGACCAUAGUUAAAAACUGUUAUAAACAGCAUGGGCGGGAAGACCUUUUGUAUGCCUUUGAAGACCAGCAAACGCAAACACAGGCCACAGCCACACAUAGUAUAGCUCAUCUUGUACCAUCACAGACUGUAGUCCAGACCUUUAGUAACCCUGAUGGCACUGUCUCGCUUAUCCAGGUUGGUACGGGGGCAACAGUAGCCACAUUGGCUGAUGCUUCAGAAUUGCCAACCACGGUCACCGUUGCCCAAGUGAAUUAUUCUGCCGUGGCUGAUGGAGAGGUGGAACAAAAUUGGGCCACGUUACAGGGAGGUGAGAUGACCAUCCAGACGACGCAAGCAUCAGAGGCCACCCAGGCGGUGGCAUCAUUGGCAGAGGCCGCAGUGGCAGCUUCUCAGGAGAUGCAGCAGGGAGCUACAGUCACUAUGGCGCUUAACAGCGAAGCUGCCGCCCAUGCUGUCGCCACCCUGGCUGAGGCCACCUUACAAGGUGGAGGACAGAUCGUCUUGUCUGGGGAAACCGCAGCAGCCGUUGGAGCACUUACUGGAGUCCAAGAUGCUAAUGGCCUGGUCCAGAUCCCUGUGAGCAUGUACCAGACUGUGGUGACCAGCCUCGCCCAGGGCAACGGACCAGUGCAGGUGGCCAUGGCCCCUGUGACCACCAGGAUAUCAGACAGCGCAGUCACCAUGGACGGCCAAGCUGUGGAGGUGGUGACAUUGGAACAGUGACAUACAGCCAUAUUAUGGCAUCGUUUUCUAGUCUACUUCAACAUUUUUUACACGUUUGCAGAGGUGCAAUCAAAUGGAAUUAAGUCUCUCGACUUUGGAAGAAAAGUUUUGUUAACCUUUUUUUUUUUAAAAGGAAGAAAGACAGCGGAUUUUGGAAUUGCAUUUUUUAAAGCACCACUCUUGAUUUUCUGGGAUUGGUGAAGAAACUGCAUUGUCAAUUUCACUGUCCCAAAAAAGCCAAAUUGUGGCAGGACUUCUUUCUGCGGAAAUGUGUGUGUAUACUUAUGUGUGUGUAUGUGUGAGUGUGAAUAUAUGUAUAUGUGUACAUAUGAACAUACACAUUUACAUAUAUAUAAAGUAUAUAUAUACAUAUAUAUAUAUAUGUAUGAAACCCGCAUGGAAUUAUCUGUAUGAAAUCAAGGUGAGCUGUGGAAACAAUAAUUCACCCAGUUUAGUGGGUGGUAGGGUACGUGGCCAGACACAGUCACCCAGUUUUUGUUCAUACUAGGGUCAUGCGUUGAGCUACUGACAAACUCAGGCGGAGGUGACCAUGCCCUUCACCAAAGCUGCCUCCCAGUGGCCACACAGAACUCUCCCUCCUGGACUCACCUGAGGAAAGAGGCUCCAGCAUGGGGUGGGUCAGAGAUGUGCUUACAAGGUCCAGGGGCUGCGUGGUCUGCCAGCUGAGAUGCUCCUCGGGCUGGCCCAGGUGCUGACCUUGCCACAGGCAGAUGAAUGUCUUGAAAGGUCCCGGGUCUCAGCCUCCCAUCUCCUCUCCUUCCGAGGAUUCCUUCUUGAUCUCAUGACUAUUAAAAUGUUGCUCUGGUUUUAAGGUCAGUCCUGAAUUGCUCGUAUAUAUGAACUGAAGGUAACAGAAGUAUUAGGGGUUUGAGGAGUGCGUGCGUGUAAGUGUGCUUGUGUGUGUGCGUGCAUGGUGAGGGAGAGGAUGGGAAGGGGGUGGGGGGGGGGGUUUGAAGGGAAAGGAAGGAAAGGAAAAUCUUCCUAGACCAGGAUACACCCGUGGGAGCAAUUUUCUCUGCUGUCUGUAGCUUCACAGAGGAGGCGCUGGAACGAACAGGAAGGGACAUCUGGUCUGUGGCCACAGCACCCGAACGCCCCUGAUCUUGUGUGAUCUUGGAAGCUAAGCUUGGUUGGGGCUGGUCAGUACGUGGAAGGGAAGAAGGGACACCUGGCCAUAGAAAACAGCUGAGGGUGUUUGCUGUGUUCCUGGAUCAGGCCCUGCUUCAGAAGGGACUCCUGGAGGCCCAUGUUCCUUGAUGCAUUCUCAUGGCCCAGGCCGGGAGCAGCUUGCCUCCUCAGAGGUGAUGACUGUCUGGGUGUUCUGUCUUUCUCAGCUGCAAGCCUUGAGUCUCCAGUGGCUGAAUUUCACCUGACUUUUCAACAGGCCAAAUCUCUGAACCUUGAGUACAGGGACAGCUCCUCCUCCCUCCUCCCAGCUCUCCCCAUGUGUGUGAUAGUAUAUUUAAUGUGUUUUUUUAAUGCGACAUUAAAAGAUUCUCCACGUCUUGCUCAA